AUGAGUGAUGAGAAACAUGACACGGCUGCGGCGCCUGUGUCUGAAGACGAGGGCCGACAGACCGACUCGUCCUUCUCGUCGAUACCGAAUGGGCAUGCGGGAGGUGGACUUGUUUUGAAACGGAAGAAACCUAUUGCGGCGUGGAGGCUUGCCGUCAUGUUUGCGUGUAUUGGCAUGGGACUGUUUCUUUCUCUGAUAGAUGCUACUGUUGUUGCUACCAUGUUGGUUGACAUAUCAGAUGAGUUUCAAGACUUUAAGACGUCGUCUUGGGUAGUUUUGAGUUACACCUUGACUGAAGUUGGCUUUGCUGUCGCCAUGGCUAGAUUUUCGGAUGCCAUUGGCCGCAAAACCGUCGUGUGUACCUCCUUCAUGAUCUUCCUCGCCGCCUCCAUGGGCUGCGGUGCUUCAACCACUCUCGACCAAUUAAUUGGGUUUCGCGCCGCGCAAGGCAUAGGCGGCGCGGGCAUGUACUCCAUGGCCAUGAUUACCUAUCCUGAGCUCAGUCCGCCGUCGAAAGUGGUCCUCGUGACGUCGACUUUAGGCGUGAUUGUUGCGUUGGCGGGUGUUGUUGGCCCUGUACUGGGCGGUCUGCUUACAACGUAUGCUGGCUGGCGAUAUGUCUUCUGGAUCAACGGCCCCUGUGCAUUUGUUCCCGCCGUUUUGCUAUUCCUCAUCUGGCCAAAGGACUAUCAGCUCUUUGUCAAGGUUCCUUUCCGGCAUCUCGAUUAUAUUGGCGCUGUUCUCGUCUUAUCAGGAACGGUACUACCAGUUUUCAUCAUCAAUCAGGCCGCCAUCAAGGAUUACGCCUGGGAUAGUGCCACCACCAUCAUCAUCUUCAUCCUCGGCGGGCUGUGCUGGAUAUCGCUCAUCAUAUGGCAGAGAGUGUUGUCCAAGAAUCCUAAACUCCACUUCAUUAGAGCUCAGCUUCCGUGGCGGAUCAUAUCCAGCCGUGUAAUGAUGGCAGCCAUAUUUGAUACAUUCCUCUCCGGAUUCGUGCUGCUCCUCACCAUUAUCAACAUCCCUCUACGGUCACAAAUAGUGAACUUGUACGGCCCAGUCAAAGCCGGUGCUUUGCUACUUCCAAUGAUGGGUGGCGGCGCUGCCGGCUGUGCCUUGGGCGGAGGUUUAUCAUUGCGAAGAAACAACAUAUUUCCGGUAUUGAUCGUGGCUAGUGUCAUAAUUGCGAUAUCGUCUGGACUCUUGUCUGAUCUGCCAGAGACGUUGACCCCCGCCCCGAGACAAUGGGGGAUUGAGGCGCUUCUUGGGUUGGGCGUUGGGCUCAAGAUAUCCAGCACCACUUUCUUGUCUGUACUGCAGGUGGAUUUUGAGGAUCACGCUAUAUCGCAGGGCAUAAUCGCCCAAAUGCGUGUAUUUGGAGGCAGCGUCGGUGUUGCAAUCAGCAUCAUUGUCCUCAUCACCAAGAUCCAGUCCAGUUUGCAGGGUACACUGACUCCGGAGCAAUUAGCCAAUUUCUACCGGUCACCUCUUACGUUGUUUACGUUUUCGUCUGCGCAGCAGCUAGUAGCCCGGGAAGCAUUCAUUGAGGCCUUUAGAGUUGACAUGUACAUCUGUCUCGGCGUUUCAAUAGCAUCCCUUUUCGUGUCAUUGUUUACAUAUCAAACGCAUCCUCCGUCUGUAAAGUCCCGUUUGGAGGAUUUGGAAGCAGAGUUGACUCGGAGCACCGCGAUAGGUGAUGCAUCUAACGUGUGA